CUUUGUCUUAAGAUUCCAUGUUUACCCAUAGGCUUUCGGUAGCAGUGUGAGCAGCUUUGGGUUUGUAUUUGCAGUUGGAGCAUCCGCGUUCGCUUUGUCUUAAGAUUCCAUGUUUACCCAUAGGCUCUCGGUAGCAGUAUGAGCAGCUUUGGGUUUGUAUUUGCAGUUGGAGCAUCCAUGCAAUGUGAAUUUUGAGGACGUUUCAUAUCUUGCAUAUAAACUGGUGAUGUGCUUGUUGCUCUUGUAGCUUGAGGUGUUUCCAUUCUGCCUACAAACCACCAGCAGUGUUGUAGACAUCAGUGCACCCAGGAGUUCACCCGCAACAGUGCCAGCUUCCUGGAGCAGCCCCUGCCGACGCGCAGAGCAGCGUGAGUGGUGGAGCUGGUGUGAGUUACCUGGAGAGAAUGUUACAGCCUCAGUGCUGCUGUCACAUGCAUCAUUUUCUAGUGGCCAGUCUCGGUGUUAAGGCUUAAGCUCAAAAUUCAGCCCUGGUGGGCGGUGUGUGCACUGCUUUACAGUGACAACAGGUCAUGAGUGUUUUCUGUCACUUGGGGUCAGCUUUCCACUCACUCUCUUGGUUCUGGGAUGAUCAGCUCCCACUGGCUGCUUGAUGGGCUCAAGAGAUGUCUGUGCAUCUGUUUGUAUUCCAUUUCCAUUCCUACUCUUCCAUUUGCUUGUUCCUCAGAAAGAUGUGUAUCUUGGUUCCAGCUCCUCUCGGAGCUCCUGUGGUUCCGUGCUUGGUGUAGUGGCGUGUGGGGCUGAGUGUAGGCAGGGAGCGGAUCUGCUGCUGCUGAGGCAAGAAGGGCACCUGGGCACAGAGGCAGGGCAGGACCCAACAUCCCCAUCUGUGCAUUUCCCAAGGGCCCUACUGCUCUGCAUCCCAUGCCAGCUCCGAUCACUCAUCUCAAAAGAAACUGAACAUAAACCUGUGGUCACAAAGUGGUUCAAAACAUUAUAAACUCAAACUGUGAACCAGUUUAGGUGCUUCUCUUCAAGUCGAAUUUGAUUUGAAAAAUGAAACUUUCCCUUUUUUGUGCUGUGUGCUAGGCUUGAGUUAAAAUACAGGACAGUAUAUUAAAUGUUUUAAUUAAUGUUUGUUGGCUUAAUGGAGUAGGCAUCUUGGGAGCUCUUUGAAAUGAAUAUUCCUGGCUUAGGAUGGCAUGGGGAAUGCAGAAGUCUACCGCUAAACCUUGUUUAGGUUUGAACAGAGACCGCAUCCUGCCUGGAAGCCUUGUGUGACUCACAAGUUUUUCAUAUCAAGUUUAAGAUUACCGUAAAUCAUUAAUUUCCAUUAAUGACACUGUUUGAUGAUAGAUACUUAAAAAGGGGGCUGCAAUGAUGAAAGAAGGAAAAGCGACCUGGAUUCAGAGCUGGAUAACUGUUAACACACGAUGCUUUAUAGGUGGUAGCGCUCACACAACCUCCUGAAGUUUGCACUUGAGGCAGUUCGCAUCCACUGCUGCUUCAUCUGGAAGGGUCGAAGAGAGGCGAUUCACGGGUGGUGAUACCAUCAAGGUGCUGUAUCAUGUGGGUCUGUUCUGCUCCCCGCACCCCACUUACAACGUUCUCUUCCUGCAGGCAGGGGCAGGCGGUGUGGCUGUGCAGGCAGGGCCGCUCUCUGGUUGCUCGCUGCUCCAGCACGGUGCAGCAGGGUUUGUUUCCAAACUUUCCUCCUUUUGUUUACCUUUCUUCCGCUGUGACUCGAUUUUCCAAUGGAGCUGCCUUCAUUUCAGGUUCUGUAGUCCAGCCUUUCCCCACAGGUUGGGGUUAGGUUGUUGCCAUCCUGUUUUGUUAAUUAAUGGCCUCGUUGCUGGGAGGAGGGGGACCAGGAGAGCUGCUACAAGUCCUGCAUAUACUACGGGGCUGUUUCACCUUCCAGCCAAGGACUCGCUUUGUUUGGCUCAUGGGAGUUCACUGAGUCUUACUUGUAUUCUAAGCAAUUCAUUCUCCAGUUUUGUAUUAAAAAACAAAAGUCUUAGAUGCUCCUGUCCACUGUGGAUUUACUGUCAAUGGAAUAUGUAAGUACCAGGCAUUAUGGUAUUUUUAACUAAUCUAUUGCCCGUUUCGGGGGAGGGCGAGGUGACAAAUCUUUAGUCUUAGAUUUGCACUGCUGGAGUUUUCUAGGUGUAACCUUGACUGGUUAUCCCAAUGUUCUGUAAGAUCAGUCUUAUUAAUUAAAGUUUGAUAAUUAUUUCUGUGUUUGUAUUCCAACAUUCUGUAUGUCCUAAGCUACUUCCAACUAUGUGAAUGACUGUUAGCAAAUGCUUUGCAGUUCAUUUCUUUCUGGAAACCUGGGAAUCCAUGGGAACCCAUGCUGGUCACGCCAGACGCCCUCAGUGCCUUUCUCCGUGGCUGGAAUUUGGGUGCACUGCUCCUUUGUUCGGAAAGGCUGUGAAUCCCAGGAGGAGUUUUCAGCUCCCUCUCCAAACGCAGGGUCUGAUCUCGUUCUGCAGUCACUGUCCUUGCUGUGCUGAGCGUGCUCGCUGGACAUUACACACGUGACAGCUGCUUGCGUUGUCUGAACUCUUGGCUUGCUGCAGCAGCCCCGGGAAUUGGGUGCUCAGGAGAAGCUACUGGCGCUGAUGCGUAGCGGAUGCUGCCCCUGGGUGCUGCUGCUUCCAGGAACUUUCUCUACCCAACCUGUUCAAAAUGAUGGGCUGAGCCCGUUCAGCAGUGCCAUUGCUGAAGGUCAAAACAGAAGUGCGGUCCUCCCAGCGUGUGUGAACUGGCAAGUUCUCAUCUGAUUUCAUAUCUGGGUGUGCCCAAACUGCAAUGGGUAGUGUCAGAAUUUGUGGGGUGGGGACUUGAAUCCCACUGAAAAUCCCUUCCAACUCCUGCUUCUCUUUUUGUGCCUCACAGGCAGUGCUGUGGCCGUCCCAGAAACGCUGCUCUUCAUAUCUACUCUGGACGGGAACCUUCAUGCAGUGAGCAAGAGCACGGGUGACAUCAAGUGGACCCUGAAGGACGAUCCUAUUCUGCAGGUGCCGGUCUAUGUGUCAGAACCAGCGUUCCUUCCAGACCCCAACGAUGGCAGCCUGUACAUCCUGGGAGGAAAAAACAAGGAAGGCCUGAUGAAACUCCCGUUCACCAUCCCGGAGCUGGUCCAGUCCUCACCGUGCCGCAGUUCGGACGGUGUGCUCUACACCGGGAAGAAGCAGGACACCUGGUUCAUCGUGGACCCCAAGUCAGGAGAAAAGCAGACCACACUCUCGACAGAGGCUUGGGAUGGCCUCUGUCCGUCCAGUCCCCUGCUCUACAUCGGCCGCACCCAGUAUGUCAUCACCAUGUACGACACCAAGUCGCGGGAGCUGCGCUGGAACGCCACCUUCUCCGACUACUCGGCACCACUCUGCGAGGAGUCCUACCACUACAAAAUGGCACACUUCGUCUCGAGUGGGGACGGGCUGGUGGUGACGCUGGACAAGGAGAGCGGGGAGGUCCUGUGGGCGCAGAACUAUGACUCACCCGUGGUCGGCAUCUACGUAUGGCACCAGGACAGCCUCCGCCGCGUCCCCCACCUCAACAUGGCCAUGGAGACCCUGCGCUACCUGACCUUCCACUCGCAAGAUAUACACCUCCUCAAGGGGAGCUACCAGUCCGUGAAGGAUUUCGCUGCCACCAAGACCCAGCUGCUGCCAGCGCUCUACGUGGGGAAGUAUGCAGCCAGCUUCUAUGCCUCGAUCUCCCUGGUCCACGACAGCGUGGCUCUGGUGCCGCAGGGCAUCAUGCUGGCCAGGAUCGACGGCCCCACCACGGAUGAUGUGACCAUGAGAGAGUCGGGGGAGUGCGAGAUCACACCCAGCACCAACGUCAAGUACCCGCAAGGCAGCAUCACCUCGCUCCGCAACCAGUGGCUCCUGAUAGGGCACCACGAGCCACCUCCCGUGGUCCAUACUACCAUGCUGCGAGCCUUCCCAGAGAACCUGAGGAAGACAACAGAAACCAUCAUCCCCAGGGCUUCUCCUGCCAGGACCGUGUUCGAUGAUUUCCUGGCCCCGAGUGGCCUGGAGGAGCCGGCUGUCCGCAGCAAGGGGCACUUCCAGAAGGAGCCCGCGCCGAGGGAGCAGGAGGAGGUCUACCCCGAGGCUGGCACCUGGGACCUGGUGAUGGCUGGUGUUGGCACAGCCCUGCUGGGCGGAGGAGUCCUCUUGCUCCUGCUCACGAAACUGCAGAAACAGCACGCGGUGGAGCAGCAGCAGCUGGAGAAGCAGAUUCAGCUCCUGCAGCAGGAGAUGCCACUCCUGGGCCGGGUCUCCAGGGAAGGUGUCCCUGCAGAGCCCAUGGAGCCAGAGCUGAGCCAGGGAAGCGUGUCACAGCUCUCGCAGAGCUCCAGCUCCUCAGCCUCCCUGAAGGACCUGGCUAAUGGGAUGGUCAGCCCUGAUUCGGCUGUCCCGGCGGCUGCUGAAGAUGCAGAACCAGACAUGAUUGUAGUUGGGAAAGUUUCUUUUAACCCCAAGGAUGUGCUGGGCCACGGAGCUGGAGGAACCUUUGUCUUCAGGGGACAAUUUGAUGGCCGGAACGUGGCUGUGAAGCGCCUCUUGCCUGAGUAUUUCCAUCUUGUGGACCGCGAGGUCCAGCUGCUCCGGGAGUCGGACGAGCAUCCCCACGUCGUCCGCUAUUUCUGCACCGAGAAGGACAAGCAGUUCCACUACAUCGCCAUUGAGCUCUGCUCCGCCACGCUGCAGGAGUACGUGGAAAGCCCCAGCUUUGAUCGCCGCGGGCUGGAUCCGGUGUCCCUGCUGCGUCAGACCAUGUCUGGGCUGGCCCAUCUCCACUCCCUCAGCAUCGUUCACCGCGACCUGAAGCCCUGUAACAUCCUCAUCUCUGUCCCAAAUCGCCAUGGGCAGAUCCGAGCUGUCAUCUCUGACUUCGGCCUCUGCAAGAAGCUUCAGGGGGGACGACAGAGCUUCAGCCUCCGCUCUGGCAUCCCUGGCACCGAGGGCUGGAUUGCACCCGAGGUGCUGCAGGAGGCCCCGAAGGAGAACCCAACGUGCGCAGUGGACAUCUUCUCUGCCGGCUGCAUCUUCUACUACGUGGUGUCAGGAGGGCAGCACCCAUUCGGGGACAGCUUGCGGCGCCAGGCCAACAUCUUGUCAGGCUCUUACCAGCUGAGCUGCCUGCAGGAGGAAGCUCACGACAAGCUUGUUGCGCGAGAGUUGAUUGUGGCAAUGAUCAGCUCUGAGCCUCAGUGCCGACCCUCGGCUCCCAUGGUCCUGGUGCAUCCCUUUUUCUGGAGUCAGGAGAAGCAGCUGCAGUUCUUCCAGGAUGUCAGCGACCGCAUCGAGAAGGAGCCUGCCGAGGGGCCCAUCAUCUCGGCACUGGAGGCUGGGGGACGGGCAGUGGUGAGGACCAACUGGAGGAUGCACAUCUCCUUCCCGCUGCAGGCAGACCUGAGGAAGUUCCGCACCUACAAGGGGGGCUCAGUGCGUGACCUCCUGCGGGCCAUGAGGAACAAGAAGCAUCACUACCACGAGCUGCCGGCUGACGUCCAGGCGACGCUGGGCCCCGUCCCUGAUGGCUUGGUGCAGUACUUCACCUCCCGCUUCCCCCAGCUGCUGCUGCACACGCACAGGGCCAUGCGGGUGUGCGCCCACGAGCGCCUCUUCCAUUCCUACUACUGCCAGGGGCCAGGAGGUGAUGGGCAGUGAGCAAGGA